CAGCUUAUACAUGCAGAGAACGUAUAACAUAUAACGUUCUCUGAUACAUGUAUUCCAUUCUGCAGUUUCGUGAGUUUAAAAAAUUCCUGGCACUGAUUUCGAAUAAAAAAAAAACAAGAAGUGUUUAUCAAUAUCAAAUUGAUAUAUGUAUUUAUUUAUCAGAAUGAUUUAGUGUUAAAGCAAACCACAAACCUCUUGAAAACAAUAUUUUUCAAGCGCAAACAAGGAGUGUACUGAUAAUCAGGAAAUCGCCACUUUAAGGCGGGUUAUGGAAGGUAUUAGCAAGGAAAUUAAGGCUUCAAAUGUAUUACGAAUGCCAACAACAAAUAAUGAUAAAGUUACGAAUGUGUUUUUGCCGUGCAAGGACACUGUCAAUGUCGAACAAAAAAAAGACAAGUCCAAUGUUACAAUGGCUGAUACCACGUUUUUCCAAAAAUACAUUGGUUCGGUACACCUAGAUUCAUUGCCCGAGGAGAUUUUGGAAUUCAUACUUACCUAUCUUCCUCCAUAUAGAGAUUUGGAAUGUUGUAGACUGGUUUGUAAACGAUGGAAUGCAGUGGUUAAAAAUUUAAUUCGACGUUCGAAAUUAAACCUACAUAAAGGUUUAAUUGAAUACCGUUUAAGAUGGGAAAUUUUUUCCCAGCAAACUGCGACUAACGUAGCUGAGAGUAAAUAUUUGGCAAAGAAUCUGUCAAUACCACCCACGCAACCACCAAUAAUCGCUGGACGUUUUUCGCAUUCAACUGUGAGACAUGGAAAUUCAAUGUAUGUUUUUGGUGGCGGAUCAUCGUCUGAUACUACGUUCAACGACUUGUGGCGUUUUGACUUAUCUGAAAUGAUUUGGGAACGUCCCUUGUCUAUGGGCUCCUAUCCAUCACCAAAGGGGAGUGCAUCUAUUGUUUGUUGGGGAGAACAACUGGUGUUAUUCGGGGGAUGGCGUUACCCAUCACUGCAUCCACCUUAUCAGCCAUGGUGCUUAUUCGACGAACUUCAUUUCUAUGACUUAAAUAGUAAUCGCUGGACAUUGCGAGUGUCUUUACCAAGCCCUCCUCCUAUGGCGGGACACUCUGCUACAGUACAUGGUGAUAAAAUGGUAAUAUUUGGCGGAUACCAAAUUGCUGAUGGCGUAAAUAGUAAUUCAAAUGAAACAUGGUGUUUGAAUUUGAUAGAGCUAAAAUGGUGGCAACCUCGAUUUAUGGGUAACACAAAACCUCCGCCCCGUUAUGGUCAGUUUCAAUUGGUUUUGGAUGACGAUCACUUGUUGAUUGUUGGAGGUUGUGGUGGCCCAAACAGUGUAUAUUCGGAUGCUUGGUUACUGGACAUGUCGCAAGAGGCAUGGGCAUGGCGAUCAGUCCCAAUCCGAAACAAAAAAUACGGUGCCACACAUAUGUGGUGCAACCCUGCCUGUAAAAUUGGCUCAAAAUUAGUUGUCCUUGGUCCAACACCAAAUAUGCCACAAGAUUUUCAAAUGAUGAAGCAGAUGCGAGUGCCUGUCAGUGGAUAUAGACGUCAAGUUGGAGCACACGGAGGAGCGAUUGGUGGUGUUGGAGGUGCAGCCGCUGACAUGCCUGCACCUCGAUAUGGGGCUGUUCAACAUCAAAAUAAUCGAAAUAAUCCAUUCGACCGACAAAGACUUUUAGGUGGAGGAUUACCAAUGGAAGCAGUUGUAGCAAAUCCACCUCCAGCUGCACAGAGACAACAACCACAACACAGACUCGAUAAUGCUAAUUUGGGCGGUCCUGGUGAACAAUAUUUUGCUAACCGACGAGCUAUACUUCAACAAAAUCAACAACAGCAAGCCAAUGUUAUUUUUAAUAACAAUAAUACUAGUAAUAAUAAUAAUAUUCAACCACGACGGGGACGACUUAGUGAUUUACAUGGUACUUCAUCCGCCCCCAACGCUGCGGUUGUAGAAGAGCGUAAUCAAAACCGUCCAUCCUGUUCAAAUACUUUGGCAGCAUCAUCUUCUAGUUCUUCAACGCUAUUAGUGGUACCAUCGUCAUCAACCAGUGCAUCCGUUUCUCGUACAAAUGGAAUUUCUUCUCCACGAAAUGAUAAUGAUGCUAUUGCGAGUGUAAGUGGAAAUAACUCCAACGACAUUGAAGCGGCGAACCGUUUGCAGAGGAAUUUAGCGCUGCGUUGCAGGGACAACGAACCGCUACUGCCCAAACGUUUUGACGAAUUGUUUGAAGAUCCUUUCCGAAUGGCAGCGUUUAACGUACAAAGCCGACCCCGAAGCGUUUCAAAAGACCAUAAUGAACGUAUACGUCGUAUGGAAGAAAAAAUGAAUGCUCUGAGAAAUUCAAGGCGUAGCGCAAUGAUUGGAGAACCCAAAGCUAUCAAAGAGCCAUCCCCGAAACGAAUUAAACGAAAUGUUCUUUCCUUAUUCGUUUGUGAUCUAUCAUCAGCUAUGGAUAAAGAUGACCCACAUUUACAGUGGAUAGAACAUAAAAACUACGGUGUCAUACCCGGGGCACCUGAAAGGUUAAUACUAUCUACAAUGGUAGCGGGACACGGUGAACUGAUAUUAUUUGGAGGUGUACAUAAAGAGACACUGGGCGAGAUAACGCAUCAGGUUUCGAACUCGGUCCAUUUCCUAAGCGCACCGCGCGAUAUAAUUUAAAUUAUUACUUAAAGACAAAUAUACUUUUAAAAUAAAUUUUACUCAAUAUUUAUGUAUAC